GCAGCGCAGCCACGUUGACAAGGCAGGGCGAGCCGCCUUCGCCGCCGCCGCCCGCGCUGCUACCGGAGGAGCGGCGCCAGCCCUGUCCGCGGGCAGCCCGGGGCAAGCAUGUCUUCGCCGCCCAAGGACAAGGCGGAGACCCGCGCUGGACACCCGCCCGCCGUCAAAGCUGGCGGGAUGCGAAUUGUACAGAAACACGCACAUGCUCCAGAGGCCAAAGAAGAAAAAGAUAAGGACGAACAAGACUGGGAAAGUGGCACCAGUCCGCCUAAACCAGCUGUGUUUAUUUCUGGAGUCAUUGCAAGGGGUGAUAAAGACUUCCCUCCAGCUGCAGCCCAGGUUGCUCAUCAGAAACCGCAUCCCUCUGUUGAGAAGCUUCCUCACCCGCAGCAGGUCAACCAGCACAUCCACCAGCCUCGGAAGUGAAUCGCCUGCCUGAGACCCAGCCAUAGGAUGGAAAAAUCCAGAGAUUUGUGCUACCAGACCUGUUAAAAUUGGUAUCUUGUGCUUUUGCCUUAAUUGCCUAUGGUUUAAAUGGUGUAAUAAGGGGGGGGGGGAGAGAAAAGGGGGAGGAACUUCCCUUGCCCCAGCAGAAACACUUGCUCCCUAUUACUGCCAAUCAAAAAUGUUGUGUAACAGAGAGGGGAGAGUGUAGAUCAAUCAAUUCAUCCUUUAAUAAAUAUUUGAAACUUUUGUCCAUUUGUGGAUUCUAGCACAACAGGAAAGUAAUAAGAUGGGAGGGAGGAAUUGCUUAUACCUUUCCCCUUCUUUUUUUAAAAAAAGUGUGGGUCAGGCUUCCUUGCAUCAUUUGACUGCUUUGUAAUUUUUCUUUUUCUUAAAUAUGUUUGAGGAAGGGCCAGCUGCUUAAUUGAUGCUGAUUAAAACCAUCAAAGGACCAGUCAUUUCUCAGUUGGGUAGAGAUCUCCUGCAAGGUGAGCACUUCAAAGGAUUUAUGCCCCCAACCAAAGAUGAAUCAGCCAGAAGCUUAUCUGGGCUCUAAGUAUCCCCCCCGCCCCCAAACUAGCAAUUGGAGACGAUCUAAUUAAAAUGGCAAGUUUGGUUAUCUGCAUACCACAAAACCUUCUAGAUACUUACGAAGGAGUGGCACCCUUUUGGUCCCUCAAAGGUUUUUUGAAGAUGCAUAAAUAGUGCAAGGUACAGUCCUUCCUAGAUACUUAAUAACUCUGAGGCAUAUUUGAAUGCUUCACCUUACGAAGAACUCCCUAUGCAUAGAAAGCUACUAUGCCAGACUUGGCUAAAACUUGUGCUGGCACAGUAGGUUCCUGUAUGCAUGGAGGUCUCGAUGGACCACUGGGGAACACUCAGACAUCAGCUGGCUCACCUGCAAAGGGCCACAUAGCUGAUUCAAGCCACCAGAAAAGCUAUGUUAAUAUGGUAACAUCCGACAUAAUAGGCAAUCAUAGACAAUAACGUGUACCUGCUUUUAAAUCACAGCGAGCAGAAUCAAUUAAAGAGAAGGGCCAUCAACCAGUAGAAGCGAGCACACGUGUUUCCAGGCAUAUCGGGUGGAUCAGUGGGAACACGCACAUUCUGAAUGUGCGCCUGCCUCAGCAGCAUAUGAGGAUUUUCCUAGUUGAACUGAGGAAAGAUGCAGGUUUUGUAUUUUAGCCGUGAUCAUCUGAUGAGUGAAAGCUUAGUCUGGUCAUGUAUACAAAAUUGUAUUACAGGUGUGUAAUUUAGAAUCAUUUCCAUAUACCCUGGUUUCACUUGUAUUUUACAAGUACUUUAAUUUUAAAUGACUGAAGCCCACUAAUCUUUUCAAUCUACAAAGCAUGCGAUACUUUUCAGAGAAGUUGGCUGUUAGUAAAUCAUUGUUAUAACUGCUCUUUAGCAAGCUGUGGAAAAUUUCCACUCUCUUUGGGCUUUGGAGAAUUGUUUAUUUUUAAUGACAAGUAACCCGAGAAAGUGGCAAGAAGAGAGAGUUUUAAUAAUAAAAAAUCUCCCUUGAAAUAUU